UAGCGUUUCAAGGUACCCAAUAAUUUUUAAAUUACAUCUUAGUCUCUUUGUCUUUAGAACGCUUAUCAUGGUUAGAGGGAGACAGCGUAAUGAAAGAUGGCAAUAAGAAAUGAUCAUUCAGAUUUGAAAAUUCCUGAAUAACUCGAAAUAUGAAUAAAGCUGUUUUUUUAAACAUUUUAAUUGAACUCAAGCGUAUUUAUUUCGCGUAGAUGGAAUAAUCGAUAAUUGCACAGAAUAUAUGAGAAAUAGUUUGAUGGCACCGUUUUGCUUACAUUCAAUCGAAAUUUUCCGCUCAUUAUGUGAAGUGCAGCAUCGUCCCAGUUUGCCCCGUCCCCAGGGUCUACUGCGUCAUUUUGCAGCAACUGACAGCUACCCAGCCCGCGGACAUCGAUGUCACACUACGACGUCAGCGACGACGAACAAAAUGAUCGGAGUUCGCUUGCUAUCGCUUGUUACAAAACGCCCCGAGGAUUCUUCUUUCAAUAUAUGCAAUGAACGUAUACCAGUCGGAGCUGGCUUGCCUGCGAACUGUGGAGUGGCUAUUAUUUCUCUCCAAUCCUUGUGCGGCCCAAGUAGAAACUCUUUUCUUACCAGUCGAAGGCCAGAUACACUCAAGCUGUAUGACAAUUAUAGCUACUGGCGAGACACCGUUGGAAACAUUAUUACUUUACCACAGCAUUUGAAAAACCAUGGCUACAGAACUAUGUCAGUUGGUAAAAUUUUCCAUCCAGGUAAAAGUUCCAAUGGAUCAGAUGACUUUCCAUAUUCCUGGUCUGAGAAACCAUUUCAUCCCUUUACAGACCGUUACAAAAAUGCACCAGUCUGUCGAGUCACUGAUACUUCACCACCUGCUUGUAAUAUUGUAUGCCCUGUCCAUCUGUCUGGUGUACCCAAUUCAACUUUACCGGACAUAGAGACAUUAAAGGGGGCAAAAUCUUUCAUUCGCAGCAAUAACAGAAACAAAAAACCAUUUUUUUUGGCUGUUGGCUUUCAAAAACCGCAUAUUCCUCUCAAGUAUCCAGACAAAUAUCUGAAACACCAUCCGUUACAAAAGUUUCAAAUACCUGAUAAUUAUGAAUGGUCAGAUAAUGUCAGUUCUGUGGCAUACAAUCCAUGGGCAGAUCUUCGAAAACGAGAUGACAUAAAAAACUUUUGGUUGAAAUUUCCUUAUCAAAAAAUACCAAUGGAUUAUGCACGUUUGAUUAUACAGUCGUAUUAUGCUGCAGUAACAUACAUCGAUGACUUGAUUGGGCAACUCAUUAAGCAGCUAACCAUUUCCGAUGUGCAAUGUAAUACUACCGUUAUCCUCAUGUCCGAUCACGGAUGGUCUUUAGGUGAACACGGAGAAUGGGCAAAGUACAGCAAUUUUGACGUAGCUCUUAGAGUUCCCGUUAUCAUGUCCAUUCCUGGCCUGACAAACAAUUGUCGGAAGUCUGGUGCUAGAAUAUCAGGCAAGAUCACAGACUUACUCACCCAAAAUAAUUCCGAGGUCGCGAGAAACUACAUCGCAAUUGAUUCUAUGAUAGAAUUGGUGGACAUUUUUCCCACAAUCGCAGAUAUAAUAGGACUGUCUAUACCAGUAUGCAUGGAGAACAAGAAUUUUGGAUAUAACCAUAGCAGUGUACCUUCAUCUUCAAAUCCUUGCACCGAAGGUCUUGGAUUCUUACCGCUCAUCGUUGAAGCAAUGUCUGGAAAGAGCAUUCCAUGGAAAAAGGGUGUCUUUAGCCAAUAUCCUCGGCCGGGUAUUGUGCCAACCCUGGUUCCUAAUAGUGACGAGCCACGCUUGUAUGAAAUAUCAAUUAUGGGUUAUACCAUUAAAACCAAAGAGUAUCGAUAUACCACCUGGCUAGCCUUUAAUCACAGCACAGCAAAGGCUGACUGGACAACUAUGGUGGCAGAAGAAUUGUACCACAAUAAGCUGGACGUAGAAGAAAACAUUAAUUUAGUAACAACGCAAAAAUUUAGUAUGAUAAAGGAAGAACUGCGAAUACAGUUAAAAAACGGAUGGAGACAAGCUCUACCCAGACAAUAUCGGUAACGGGAUGGUCGAGAGAAAAAAAAAAGUGUAAUAGUAUCCCAGUGAAAAUGAAGCUAUUAUUUGUUAAUCAAGGAUUAUUAUUAUUUUAACAUACAUUUCUUAUAUACUGAGAA